GCCGUAAAAUAAGAGACUUGAGGCGUACCCACAGUAAUCUGAACAGUUGACUUCACAUUAUAGGGAAACAUCCAACUGUUUUUUGUAAUCACCUCCAUAUAUCAAAACUGUAGAGCAUGUUCUCGUUAAUUGCAGGAAAUAUGUAGCAGAGAGAAAGGACAUGAUAGAAGAAAUGAAAAGAUUAGGGCCGGUAGGAGCAGGAGUAAAGAAUAUACCGGAGUGUGGAGAUAGGGGGCAAGGCAGAAAGUGCUCGGUCAGCUUCCUAAUGAGAACAGAGUUAAUGAAGAAAAUCUGAUAUAAUGGAAGCUAUAGGAGCUAACUAGCUCCAGCAGAUGGCAGUAGAGUAACAUUUAGGAUGCAAGCUGCCAUUAAAACCGAAGAAGAGGAAGAGCCCGCCAGUCAGAGAGAAGACCUGUUAGAUUUCAUCGACCAGGACCACCACAAGAGCGGAAUGGAGGAGAAUCAGAACCCGGAGCACCACACCGACAACCCCAUUAAAAGGGAAGAAGUAGACUCACCCUCUGCUACCACCGAUAAACAGGAGAUAGAUAACUCUGGUUCACACUCCGACAACAUAGUAGGUGGCAGUAAUGCACCUCAGUGCUGGUUAACACCCACCAUAAAACAGGAAAAAGAAGAAGAAGAAGAACAAUCCAUCAGUCAGAGAGGAGACCUGCUGGAUUUCACCAACCGGGACCAUUACAAGAGUGAAAUGGAGGAGAACCAGAACCCGGAGCACCAGACCAACAACCCCAUUAAAAAGGAAGAAUCAGACUCACCCUCUGCUACCACCAAUAAACAGAAACAAACAGGAAGAAAGGGACUCAGACAUCAUCGCUGUCGGAACUCUGACGGAGCCUUCACAACAUCAACAAAUUUAAAGAUUCAUCAGAGAGUUCAUGCAGGAGAGGAACUUCACAGCUGUGAGCAAUGUGGGAAAGCUUUUACUACAGACAGUAAUCUAAAAACUCACCAACGCAUUCACACUGGAGAGAAGCUGUACACAUGUGACCAGUGUGGGAAAACUUUCAGAAGAGACCGUAAUCUAAAAAUUCACCAACGCAUUCACACUGGAGAGAAGCUGUAUAAAUGUGACCAGUGUGGGAAAAUUUUCACGACAGACAGUUGUCUAAAAAGGCACCAACACAUUCACACUGGAGAGAAGCCGUACAGAUGUGACCAGUGUGGGAAAACUUUCACCACAGACUUUAAUCUAAAAAUCCACCAACGCAUUCACACUGGAGAGAAGCCGUAUAGAUGUGACCAGUGUGGGAAAACUUUCACAAGAGACCGUAAUCUAAAAACCCACCAACGUAUUCACACUGGAGAGAAGCCGUACAGCUGUGAGCAAUGUGUAAAAACUUUUGCUACUGUUGGUAAUCUAAAAACCCACCAACGCAUUCACACUAGAGAGGAGCUGUACUGGUGUGACCAAUGUGGGAAAACUUUCACUACAGACUUUAAUCUAAAAACCCACCAACGCAUUCACACUGGAGAGAAGCCAUACUGGUGUGAGCAAUGUGGGAAAACUUUUACUUCUAACAGUAGUCUAAAAAGGCACCAACACAUUCACACUGGAGAGAAGCUGUACAGCUGUGAGCAAUGUGGGACAGCUUUUACUGAUAACAGUACUCUAAAAAGGCACCAGCGCAUUCACACUGGAGAGAAGCCGUACAAGUGUGAGCAAUGUGGGAAAGCUUUUACUUUUGACAGUACUCUAAAAGCCCACAUACGCGCUCACACUGGAGAGAAGCCGUACAGCUGUGAGCAAUGUGGGAAAGCUUUUAUUGAUAACAGCAAUCUAAAAAGGCACCAACGUUCUCACACUGGAAAGAAGCCGUACUGGUGUGAGCAAUGUGGGAAAACUUUCACUCGGGGCAGUUCCUUAAAAAUCCACCAACGCAUUCACUCAGCAUUGAGUUGCCUCACCUGCGUGUACACACGACGCUCACACAUACUAUUCUGUAGUCAGACACGUGUUGGUAGGCAACACAGACGCUCAGCCUUGUCCGAAGGCAGUUUGGUGAUCAGAGAGGGGCGGUCGGUUAGAGAGGGGACCAUGGAUGUAGAAGGCGUUGGAGACCACACCGACCAGGACCGCUGCAAGAGCGGAAUGGAGGACAACCAGAACCCGGAGCACCGCACCGACAACCCCGGGAUAGAUAACUCAAGUUCAAACUCCAACAGCCUAGUAGGUGGCAGUAAUGCACCUCAGUGCUGGUUGCCAUGCACUACAAAACAGGAAAAAGAAGAAGAAGAAGAACAGUCCAUCAGUCAGAGAGGAGACUUGCUGGAUUUCACCAACCGGGACCACUACAAGAGUGAAAUGGAGGAGAACCAAAACCCAGAGCACCAGACCAACAACCCCAUUGAAAGUGAAGAAUCAGUCUCACCCUCUGCAACCACAGAUAAACAGAAACAAACAGGAACAACAGGACACAAACAUCACCGCUGUCAGCACUGUGACAAAGCCUUCUCGACAUCAAAGUAUUUAAAGAUUCAUCAGAGAAUUCACACAGGAGAGGAACUUCAAAGCUGUGAACAAUGUGGGAAAGCUUUCACUACAGAGUAUCAUCUAAAAUCCCAUCAACGCAUUCACACAGGAGAGAAACCGUACAAGUGUGACCAAUGUGGGAAAACCUUCACUAGAGACACUACUCUAAAAGUGCACCACCGUGUUCACACUGGAGAGAAACCGUACAGAUGUGACCAAUGUGGGAAAACUUUCACUAACGGAUGUACUCUAAAAAGCCACCAACGCAUUCACACUGGAGAGAAACCGUACACGUGUGACCAAUGUGGGAAAACUUUCGCUAGAUGUGGUACUCUAAAAAUGCACCAACGCAUUCACACAGGAGAGAAACCGUACUGGUGUGACCAAUGUGGGAAAACUUUCACUAGAGACAGUACUCUAGAAAGGCACCAACACAUUCACACUGGAGAGAAGCCGUACAACUGUGACCAAUGUGGGAAGACUUUUACUGAAGAAAGUUAUCUAAAAAAGCACCAGCGCAUUCACACUGGAGAGAGGCCGUACUGGUGUGACCAAUGUGGAAAAAGUUUUACUACAGACUCUGAUCUAAAAAUCCACCAACGCAUUCACACUGGAGAGAAGCCGUACUGGUGUGACCAAUGUGGGAAAACUUUCACUGGAAACAGUAAUCUAAAAAGGCACCAACGGAGUCAUACUGGAGAGAAGCCAUACUGGUGUGACAAGUGUAGGAAAACUUACAGUUCAGGCUAUGCUUUAAAAAACCACCAACGCAUUCACACUGGAUUUAAGCCACACCGGUGUGACCAAUGUGGGAAAACUUUCACUGCAAGCAGUACUCUAAAAGUCCACCAACGCAUUCACACUGGAGAGAAGCCGUACUGGUGUGAGCAAUGUGGGAAAACUUUUACUAGUAACCGUCCUCUAAAAGACCACCAACGCAUUCACAGUGGAGAGAAGCUGUACAGCUGUGAGCAAUGUGAGAAAGCUUUUAUUACAAAUGGUGCUCUAAAAGUCCACCAACGCAUUCACACUGGAGAGAAGCCGUACUGGUGUGAGCAAUGUGGGAAAACUUUUACUAGUAACCGUUCUCUAAAAGACCACCAACGCAUUCACACUGGAGAGAAGCUGUACAGCUGUGAGCAAUGUGGGAAAGCUUUUACUUUUGACAGUAAUCUAAAAAUCCACCAACGCAUCCACACUGGAGAGAAGCCGUACUGGUGUGAGCAAUGUGGGAAAACUUUCCUUCGGGGAAGUUGCUUAAAAAUCCACCAGCGCAUUCACAAUGGAGAGAAGCCUCACAAGUGUGAGCAAUGUGGGAAAGCUUUUGCUUUAGCCAGUAAUCUAAGAAGGCACCGGCGCACUCACACUGGAGAGAAGCCGUACAGCUGUGACCAAUGUGGGAAAACUUUCACUCGGGGCAGUUCCUUAAAAAACCACCAACGCAGUCACUCAGCAUCGAGUUGAACAUGUUUUAGAGGCAGGUUAGUGGUGUCCCUCUGUCUCCUCACCAUACUUUUAAUAAGUGUUGCUCUAUCCUGAGCUUCUCUACAAACUGAGGGCUGCCAACUGUAACUUAAGAUUUAGCAUGUAUGCCAUUAGCAGCACAUGUGACCAAAUUUUAAGCUCAAUGAUUGGUCGUAAUUCACUUCUAUCCUGACAGUUUAUUAAUUUUUCACCUUGAGUUUCAUGUUGAUCCAAGUCUUAGAAGUGCUCAACGUGAGUCACAUAACAUUGUCAAUGCGGGAUAAUAAUAAUAAUAAUUAUAAUAAUUAUAAUAAUACAGUUAAAUAAAAAGAAGGAAAAGAAUGAGGAAAAAAUAAAG